AUGCAAAGCAGCCUGGAUACUAUGCCUGCUUGCUCUGACCACUGGAAUCAGACUGCGUCAGCACAAACGAUCGAAUUGAGCCUCACACUGAACUACUCAGAACUGGAUGGGGAUUGUCAGCUCAACACUUCCUGGACAGAUGACACAGUGGCACGCCAGGGAUUCGCUGUCCUCUCCUUCGUUGCAGGUGUGGAUCCCUUGCCACAGGCAUUCUGGUACUUCCCAGUGACCAUCACCUUCGACCGGACCACGCAUGCUUCCUUUGCCGGGAUGGUUUCAGGAAGGUUUGUGAUAGCGGGCAGCACGCUGGUCAACGUGCAGUUCGAUGGAAGCUUGGCUCUCUAUGACUCUGCGAGCUUCGCCGUCCCGAAGGUCCCGGCCGUCUACACGGCUCAGGAAAUGGCCUUCGUGGAGAUGACGCUGAGUGCCCCUGGCAUGGAGUUGCAUGUGGAUCUGGCUUGGCUUUCGCAGACUAGUGACCCAGAGGCUCCGAUGCGGCACAACCUCACGGACUCUCUUCAGUUGAUCAGUGCCACUGCCAGCCAAGCACGCUUCAGCGUGCAGCUUCAGGCCUGCAACGAAUGCUUUCUGCACGUCCUAGCCUCCAUCGUCAACCGACGCCUCAGCGAAGAGCAACAUGGAAGGCAUUUGAGUGUCUUCAACCAUGCCCUCCAGAACAUCGCGAUCAUCGUAAAGGAGGCCACCAGCUCCACCACGCCGCGCACGGCCUCUCCCCAAUUCUCCGGCUUCUUCGAGUUGACCGUGGUGGAUCCCGACGCCUUCGUGACAACGCCACAGGUCCGGAAGGUCUUGGCGGACACGCUGGCGAAUGUCUGGGGUCUCAAGGAGCUUGAGGUGCGCCUCGAGGCAUUGGGAAGUGGGCGGCGUUUGGCGGGCACCGUGCGCGUGAGCUUCGAGGCUGACAACGACUUGGAGUCUGAUUCGCUCACGGACUUGGACUUGAAGGUGAGCGCGCGGCUUGCAGAACCCAGUUUUGUGUCGGACGUGAUGCACCAGAUCAAUGAUGCCAUCGCGGUGGCACUGCCGAGUACCUCUGCCAGGUUGCAUAUUACGGCCAUUGACAGCUUCACUGCCGAAGUCAAGAGGGAGGAGGCCAUGACCACGGUGUUGUCCGAGGACUCUUUGAGCCUCGACUUGCAUCCAUCCGGGCUUGGCCUUGGAGUCGCCCUGGGUGCCACCAGUGUGCUGGUCUGUUGCGGUUGCAGCAUUUGUGUCGGCUUGGCCAUCUUGUCUGGCUCCCGGAGGUGGCAGAAGGCCCAGGUCUUUCCAGCACCGCCCAUGAGCCCUGUGGCCUCUCCCCCUGCAAACGAACUUCUGGGAAGCUCCCGAAGUUGGACUUAA